AUGCUCAUUCCGGCGUUACAGCUGUUCGCUCUGCUGGACGCGUGUUUGCCGCCGCCAACGAGAGAGGACGAGACCCCCACGCCGCACAGAGAGACCGGCGGCCUGCCCCACGUGGCCAUACUGUCAACCCGUCUGGGCAACGGCAUCGUGCUCGCAGCUGGGGCGUCCGUCGGCUCUCAUUAGGGCUACUCCCACCCCCUCGUCAGCAUCCCAGAGAUCGCUGGAGGUGCGUCUCGACAACGUGCCUCGAGAAUACCACCAUGACGACUCAGGCAUCUUCCCCAGCCCGCCAAGCUUUUCCUGGAGGUCUUCUUGCGCACACUGUUGCGGGGCGACACAGCCACGAGCACCAGCCCGCCGCCCCGCCGGCUGGGGACGGCCGAGCCGCCCACACUCGAGCGGCGGCACUCUCAGAGACGCAGGAGCGAGACCCUGCAGCCCCCUACCUUUGCCCUGGUGAAGCCGGCCCAGUGCCUGACCAUCAAUGUGUCUUCCGAGCACCUGCACCUCAUUCUGCAGCUCCCAAGCACUCCCCAGAUGGACAGUGCGCAUACGACGAGGGGCAUUGCCCGGCAGCUCUCGUCGGUAUGGCUGACCAAGGCAACUGCGGGUAAAGGGGGAUGGCGCGGAGAGAUGGCAGCUGUGUUUGGUUGCGAGGAGGGGGGGCAGCGGCCUGGCGAAAUCCGUCCCGAGGUCGCGGCAGCUGUCGCGGAGCCACGCGAAAGAUAGGGGUACACGAAUUGGCGUCCAUGUGCAGGUGAGUAAGCGGGGGCACCAGGGACGAAAUACAGACAGACAGACAGACAGACCACACUCCAUGUAUACUGUUUGUCAUUGUCAGGCGGUUGGGUGUCACGUCAAGUUCGCCGCGUGGGUACUCGUUGAGACUCGGGGGGCCAAGGCAUGCCGCACCCACUGCACUCUUCCUGAGGGUGAGUCAGACGCACAGACGAGAUGGGUGGCUGUGCUGCAUGGUGGGUAUGUGGCGUCUGUGUGAAUCGUCAGGAGUGCCGGCGAUGGGCACCGCUGGCCCUCUCAUAUUCAACCCGAUCAGUGCGUCAACAUCGACCUCUCCCCCUACUCCCUCCGCACACCCACGCCCCCAUCCCUCCACUCACCGCCAAACCGGCCCCGGCAGAGGGCGACCCCUGUGUGUGUACGGUGCCCAUUCAGUCAGCUGUAUGUCCUUCGCGAGACUGCCUGAGGGGGUGGGCGUGAUGACAUAUGAGUGA